UGUGAUGUUGAGUUGUGACUUCACUUCCUGUCAGUGGGUCCAUCUCUCUCUCUCUCUCUCUCUCUCUCUCUCUCUCUCUCUCAGGCGAUGAUGGACACUCAGAAGGAAGCUCUGUGCCGGAUCAUCAGCACAUUGGCCAAUAAGAACGAAGAGCUCCAAACCUUCCUAGAAACAGUCGACAACACACUGUCGGGACUGCAGGAGGAGUCGUGUUUGGUGAUGUCAGAGCUGGAGGCGGAGCUCGAGCAGCUAAGCUCCGCCCUGGAAGAGGCGGGGGCGGGGCUUCGUGACGUCAUUACUGAGGAGAAGCAGAGAAAAGAGGCGGAGCUUCAGAAGCAGCUGUCCGAGGGAAAGUCUGCAAUUUUGUCGUGUGAAGAACUGCUUGAGUUCGCCAAUCAGACCCUGACAAUUACCAACGAAGAAGAGUUCCUGAAGGCUGCAAAACAAAUCAAAGAAAGGGUAACCAUGGCUCCGGCGUUCCGGCUGACGACCCGUCCCAGGGUCUCGGAGAACAUGUCUCGGUUCACCGUGGACUUCAGCGCCGAGAGGGCGGGGCUUCAGCGAAUUCACUUCCUGUCGGUUCCCGGAGCUCCAGAGAUUGACUUCUCCGGCUGCGUUGUCCGUGACAACACUGUCAGGGUUGCCUGGCAACCGGCAAGCGAGGCCGACGGCGAGGGGGAGGGCGUCGUCGGACGAAUCGAACGCUACGAGCUUCAAUACCGGAAAUCCAACCGGGACAGCUCGCUGAGAGCUGCAGGGGAGGCAUGCUGGGAAAAGAUCACCGACAUCAGAGACACACACGUCACAAUCUUAGGUCUGAAGUUUGACUCCCGCUUCAUCAUCGUUCGAGUUCGAGCGAGAAACAAAGCGGCUGCUGGCGACUUCUCCGAGCCUGUCGCCUUGGAAACCAGAGCGUAUAACUUUGGGUUGGAGGCGGCGACUGCGCACGCCGAGCUGCAGGUUCGAGGCGACACGGUGACCUGGGAGCCUCAGGGGGUCAAAGGUCACGACCCUCGCCUGAGAGCAAAAGAGAACAAAAUCAGCAGCAGAAGCGCCACGCCGUCGCCCAAUAAGACGACAGGAAGUCGAGGCGGACGCGACCGAUUCGCCGGAGAGUCCUACACCGUGCUCGGCGACCAGGAGAUGACUGGCGGCUGUCACUACUGGGAGCUUCGCCCCCUCGCUGACUGGAAGUCCUUCAGUGUGGGCGUGGCCAAUCAGGCCAGCCUGGGCCGCUUUGACCAAUUAGGGAAGAGUUCUGGAUCCUGGUGUCUCCACGCCAGUCAAUGGCUGCAGAGCUCGCUCGCCGCCAAGCACAACAACCGAGCAAAGACGCUCGAUUGGCCGCUGCCACGGCGAAUUGGAAUCUACUGCGACUAUGACAACGGAGAUCUAUCGUUCAUCGACGUCGAUCGACUUCAUCUUCUUCACUCCUUCAAAACAAAGUUCAGCCAGCCACUCGUUCCCGCCUUCACCGUUUGGUGUGGUGGUAUCAGCAUAACGACUGGCCUCCAGGUGCCGAGCUUCAUGGGUAAUUUCCUCUCCACCAAUCAGAGCCUCAGCAACCUGUUGCAAUAGAUUGACCAAUCAGCAUUUUUUAUUUAAUAUUUUGUUAAUUUAUUUAUUUUAUACUUAAGAAUUUUAAUGUAAUAAAUAAAUAAUAGGCUAAUAAUAUCUUGUGAAUUAUCAAAUAUAAGUUGAAAUGUGAAAUAAACGUUAAAUCCAAUUGAUGAAUUAAAAUAUUUGUUACUCAUUUUUCCUCACUGCUUUAUAUUGAAAGUCUGGACCUGACGCAAGAUGUACUAAUGCAAUUUGUUAGUGCAGGCUUCUAUUUUGACAGAUUUUGUCCCGAAAGGCUGUGACCUCAGCGGCUUCCCGUAGAAACGGUGGACUGUUUCUUUAAAGGCAGAGAAGCUGUCCCCUCUAUUAAACUAUUCCCUCAGGCUUUUAUUUUGAAGGCUGUAACAAGAUGUCAUUGUUGUGAAGUUUCUGUGGAAGUUCGUGUAAGAUCAUUUUAUAAUCAAAUACUUUAGUAAAUAUGUUGUGCUGUGCAUUCCUAAUGACUUUUAUUUUGAAGGUAAGAAUAGAACGUCCUGUCAUUUUGGCCACAAGACUGACUUUUAAUGUGAGAAUAAAAAUGAACUUGUACUUUUAAAGAUUUUUCUUGAUAUUGAGAAUCAGUUUUUAUUCAAUAAAAUGUUACUAUCUGA